CAACCGCAAGUGUUCUUAAUUUCAUAAACGUUCACUCAACAAUUAUGAAUCUUCUUGUGUUCUGGACGAUCAUCGUGCUGGGGCUGGGCCCCCUCGCCGACAGUACCGGGGACGCGGGGCUCCGGGGGCUCCCGGAGAAGGAGACCCGCUGUGCCGCCCUGGUGCAGGCCGCCUUCAGGGAGUACCGAAAACUUUACGCGGCGGGACUCCAUGAUUCACCGCAUGUGAUUGAUCUGAUAUUGGCAAGACUGGGAAUCCCUCCGAACGACACAAUUAAGACCAUAGAAAGGAAGGUCUUAGAUAACACCGAUGAAAUGGGACAUGAAACCGGAAAAAAGACAGUUGUUGAGAAGACGACGGAGUCUGACGUAGCACCCAACGGAACUGUAACAAAGACUUCGGAAACCACGGUCGAUAUAGAUGAGGACGGUAAACAAAGUGGUGAAAAAUCUGUGACCGAAAGUGAAACCAUGACGGGACAGACUCCAGAUAAUGGGACCAUAGCACGAACAGUGGACGUUAAAAAGGUAUUGGACGAAGAGGGCAAUGAAGUAAAGGAGGAAGUUGUUAUGAAGAAGGAAUUGAUAGUACAACCUCCCACCAAUACGACUGAGGAAAAGCCGCGGGACAAUGAAGACGCAAAUCUUAUCGGUCCAAAAGUAGGGGCGGACGACAAAGGUGAAAACAAAACCGAGUUAAAACUUGGCGCCUCAGGAAAGAGCGACGGACUUCAGAAAGCAGAACUAACAGAGGAAAUAAAGGAAAUUCUGGCCGGCAAUAUAACGCAUGAAGUGUUAGUUAAAGAGAAAGAAGAACAGCUUUCUCCACAGGAAAGCACCAAGGUGACAUCUGUGGAAAGGAAAAAUGUUACAGAGAAGGAUGAUGGACUUGAGAAAGUAGAACUAACAGAGGAAAUAAAGAAAAUUCUGCCCGGCAAUAUAACGAAUGAAGUGUUAGUUAAAGAGAAAGAAGAACAGCUUUCUCCACAGGACAGCACUAUUGUGACAUCUGUGGAAAGGAAGAAUGUUACAGAAAAGGAUGAUGGACUUCAGAAAGUAGAACGAUCAGAGGAAAUAAAGGAAAUUCUGCCCGGCAAUAUAACGAAUGAAGUGUUAGUUAAAGAGAAGAAAGAACAGCUUUCUCCACAGGAAAGCACUAUUGUGACAUCUGUGGAAAGGAAGAAUGUUACAGAAAAGGAUGAUGGACUUGAGAAAGUAGAACUAACAGAGGAAAUAAAGGAGGUUCUGCCCGGCAAUAUAACGAAUGAAGUGUUAGUUAAAGAGAAGGAACAGCUUUCUCCACAGGAAAGCACCAAGGUGACAUCUGUGGAAAGGAAGAACGUUACAGAAAAGGAUGAUGGAAAAGAUGUCGAGAAAGAAACUGUAAUUCAAAAAGAAGUCGAAAAGAAUGUGUGUGAUAGCGACAUCAAUGAGGUUCGUAACGAAAAACAUCUUAAUGAAACAAUUGAAGACUUGAAACACCAAGUUGAUGACGUGAAAAACAAGAUUAAGGAAGAAAAAGAAAAGGCUGAAGAAACAAAUGCUACGCGUAGCCUAUGCGUCGUAAAAGAACCAAGUGCUGCCCCUGUCAUUCAAGAAGGUAACGUCGUUGAAAAGAUAGUCCCUGCUGUGACGCCGGCGAUGGUUGCCGAAAAGAUUCAUCCUACGGUGACGGAAGGGGAAGUCCCCGUUGAGACAAAAGAGAAGGUUGUUGAGCAGGCUGCCCCUUCGGUGACAGAGGAGAUCGUAAGCGUCUCUAAGGAGCAAGAAGAAGUCCCUGUUGUGGCAGAAGAGAAGAAGGUUAUUGAAAAGAUUCAUCCUACGGUGACGGAAGGGAAAGUCCCCGUUGAGACAAAAGAGAAGGUUGUUGAGCAGGCUGCCCCUUCGGUGACAGAGGAGAUCGUAAGUGCCUCUAAGGAGCAAGAAGAAGUCCCUGUUGUGGCAGAAGAGAAGAAGGUUGUUGAAAAGAUUAUCCCCUCGGUGACAGAAGGAGAAGUACCGGCAGUCCCUCAGCAGGAGGUUGUUGAAACAGUUGCCCCAUCGCCGACAGAAGAAAAAGUUCCUGUUGUGACACAAGAAAGGGUUAUUGAGCAGAAUGUACCACAAGAAAGGGUUAUUGAGCAGAAUGUACCACAAGAAAGGGUUAUUGAGCAGAAUGUACCACAAGAAAGGGUUAUUGAGCAGAAUGCCCCACAAGAAAGGGUUAUUGAGCAGAAUGCCCCACAAGAAAGGGUUACUGAACAGUCUGCCCCUCCGGUGACAGAAGAGAUUGUCACUGUUUCUAACGAGAAAGAAGAAGUCCCUGUUGUUAUAACAGAGGAAAAGGUUCCCGUUGUGACAAAUCAGACGGUUGUAGAAAAGAUUCAUCCUCCAGCGACAGAAGAGACUGUCACUGUUUCUAACGAGAAAGAAGAAGUCCCUGUUGUUGAAACAGAGGAAAAGGUUCCCGUUGUGACAAAUCAAACAGUUGUUGAAAAGAUUCAUCCUCCAGCGACAGAAGAGAUUGUCACUGUUCCUAAAGGGAACGAAGAAGGCCCUGUUGUUGAAACAGAGGAAAAGGUUCCCGUUGUGACAAAUCAGACGGUUGUAGAAAAGAUUACUCCUCCAGCGACAGAAGAGAUUGUCACUGUUUCUAAAGGGAACGAAGAAGGCCCUGUUGUUGAAACAGAGGAAAAGGUUCCCGUUGUGACAAAUCAGACGGUUGUAGAAAAGAUUACUCCUUCCGUAACAGAAGAAAGAGUUGUUGAGAAGGGUGCCCCCUCUGUCAGCGAAAGCGUAGUUUCCAUUCCAGAGAGGGAGGAAGGAGUAGUUGAAAGAAUUGCUCCUGUUGUAAAGAAAGCAAUUACAACAGAGUAGUGAUACCAGGUUGCUGUUUCUCUUAUCUAUUUCAU